AUCACCGGCGAGGGCCUGCUGCCGGCCGCCGGCGGUUCUGGAGACAGAUAGAGAUCUCAAUUUGCAUGCACAUUGCCAUUAACGUGACAACCACAUCACCAAAUCUGAACCGUCCACUCCAAUUGUCGCUUCUUCUCAGCCCUCCGAUUAAUCGCCAACACAUUUUCAUUCAUCCUCUCUUAACGGAAAAAACCGCUUUAACUCAUUUUCCCUCCUUUUUCUUCCUUCUCCAUUCCUCUCUCUCCUUCACGCCUUCAAAAUCAAAACCCUUUUCCAUUUACGUUUAUCUUUCUCCUUAAAAUCAUAAAUACUCUUCCUUCAAGCUCCUACCAUAAAGGGUUUUUUUCGUGUUUCUCAAAUCUUGAAAAGGCUUUUUUUUUUCUUCUUCUUUUUCCUUUUUUAUAUAUUUUAUUUUCGUGUUUCUAGCUCAAACCUGAAAAGGGUACCCCCACGUUUGCAUGUUCAUGCCUCACUAUGUGGCACGAACAAAAUCCUUCUCAAAUUCUUGCAUCAAUUGCAUUGCCCCAUCAAGCUAAUAAGAUGCUUGGAACAAGGAGUAGCAUCUAGUGUCAGAUGGGAAACACCUGUAUUGGAUCGAGAACCUCUAAAGGUGGAACGUCAUCUAGUUCAUUCUGGUGGUCACGCAAGAAAGACGCUUCUCAUGCAAAAAAAGGUGGCAAAAAGAGCAAAAAAGACACGGAAACCAAGCCUCCACAGGUAGUGAAAAUAGAGAGGGAUGAGGCGAAUGCACCUCCACCAAGAGAGACUAAACCACCUUCAGAGCCAACAAGGCCAGAGCCAGCAAAACCGAAGAAGCCACUCAAUGUGAAGAGGCUAGCAACUGCAGGCCUCAAAGCAGAUUCAGUUUUGCUAAGGAAAACCGGUAACCUGAGGGAUUCCUACAAUUUGGGACCAAAGCUCGGACAAGGCCAGUUUGGAACCACUUUCCUUUGUGUGGAGAAGGCCACUGGGAAGGAGUAUGCAUGCAAGUCCAUAUUGAAGAGGAAGCUUUUGACAGAUGAGGAUGUGGAGGAUGUGAGAAGGGAGAUUCAGAUAAUGCACCACUUGGCAGGGAGUCCUAAUGUGAUCUCCAUCAAGGAGGCUUUUGAGGACAAUGUUGCAGUUCAUGUUGUUAUGGAGCUGUGUGCAGGGGGUGAGCUGUUUGAUAGGAUUGUGGAAAGAGGGCAUUACACUGAGAAAAAGGCUGCUAAGCUUUCAAGGACUAUUGUUGGUGUCAUUGAGUCUUGCCACUCCCUUGGAGUGAUGCAUAGGGAUCUUAAGCCUGAGAAUUUUCUCUUUGUUAAUCAGCAAGAAGAAGCACCUCUCAAGGCAAUAGAUUUUGGACUGUCUGCAUUUUUCAAACCAGGUGAAAUUUUCAACGAUGUAGUAGGAAGUCCUUAUUAUGUAGCGCCUGAAGUUCUUCGCAAGCGUUAUGGCCCUGAAGCAGAUGUGUGGAGUGCCGGUGUCAUAAUAUACAUUCUCUUAAGUGGGGUGCCUCCAUUUUGGGGUGAAUCGGAGCAGGAGAUAUUUGAGGCAAUAUUGCAUCAUGAACUUGAUUUCACAUCGGAUCCUUGGCCUGUUAUAUCUGAAAGUGCCAAAGACUUGGUUAGGAAGAUGCUGGUCAGAGAUCCUAGUAAAAGGAUAUCAGCUCAUGAUGUUCUUCGUCACCCUUGGAUUCAUGUUGAUGGAGCAGCUCCAGACAAGCCUCUUGAUUCUGCAGUUUUGAGUCGCCUGAAACAGUUCUAUGCAAUGAACAAACUCAAGAAAAUGGCUCUUAGAGUUAUAGCAGAGAAUCUCUCUGAAGAAGAAAUUGCAGGGUUGAAAGAAAUGUUUAAGAUGAUAGACACAGACAAUAGUGGUCAAAUUACAUUCGAAGAACUCAAUGUUGGACUGAAAAAGUUUGGUGCUAAUCUCAAUGAAUCUGAAAUUUAUGACCUUAUGCAAGCAGCUGAUGUUGAUAACAGUGGCACAAUUGAUUAUGGAGAAUUCAUAGCUGCAACAUUGCAUCUAAACAAGAUUGACAGGGAAGAUCAUCUAGUUGCAGCAUUCUCUUAUUUUGAUAAAGAUGGAAGUGGCUACAUCACUCAAGAUGAGCUUCAACAAGCUUGUGAAGAAUUUGGCAUUGGAGAUGUCCGCUUGGAGGAAAUGAUCCGAGAAGCUGAUCAGGACAAUGAUGGAAGAAUAGACUACAAUGAAUUUGUGGCUAUGAUGCAGAAAGGCAAUGCAGAGUUGGGUAAGAGGGGUCGAAAGGGUAGUAGCACUAGUUUUAGAAUUGGAUUUAGGGAGGCACUACAUGUAUGUUAAUUAAGAAAUAUUAGUGAAUGAAUUUCCCUUGUUUUUCUUUAUCUUCACUUUUUUCUUUUUUGGUAAAUUAGCAUUUUCUCCACGAUUUGUUCAACUUGGUCACUCUUGAGGAACUUUAAUCCAGAAAAUGUUGAUAGAUAUGAUUCGUGGAUUUUGCCAUCUUAUGUACAUUAUUGAUAAAAACAUUGUUAUGGCAACAAGGUUUAUUUUUCAAGUUCUAAUAACAAUAUGGUAUCAUAAGUUCAGUUAGAGUAACAU